GAGUGGAGAUCUGUAAAACAAAUAUUAUUGAGAAAACGGAGAAAGGCUGGAUUCUGCCGUCCUAAAACAUUAGAAGAGUUAGCAGGUUACUUGUUGAAAAAUUCAAAGUUAAAACUCAUUUUUAAAGGUGUAGUAAAGCAUGGAACACAAAUGGCAUUACUCUUCUCUACGGAUAAACUUAUCAGCGAAUUAAAUAGACAAACUGAAGUUUAUAUGGAUGGAACAUUCGAAGUUUGUCCCAAAAUUGCAAAAAUCUGCCAACUUUACACAAUUGUGAUGCGUGUAAAUGACAAGAGUGUUGGAGCUGUAUUCAUUUUGAUGACUAGGCGAACAAAAUUGUUAUAUAAAGCAGUUUUAAUUAAAAUUCAAGAACUUUGUCCAAAUUUGAAAAAUAACCUAGAACACAGCAUGCUUGAUUUUGAAUCCGCUGUCCAAACAGCAAUAAAAGAAUUAUUUCCAAAUUGUCAAAUUCACGGUUGUUGGUUUCAUUCAAAAAAGGCUAUGAAAAAACGUUGGAAAACUUUAAAAUUAAAAGAAGCAGAUAAUAUAAUUUUAAAUUACGCAUGCUGUCUGGCAUUAGCGCCGGCUGAACGUUAUUAUGAUGGUUUAGAAAUAAUCAAGAACAAAAUUUAUGAAUAUAAUCGUGUUUAUCACCCGAAACUAAAAAAAUUCAUUAAAUAUUUGAAACAAUACUGGGGAAGAAGGAAAGCAAUUUUGUGCGUUGGGCAUUUACCUCAUCGAACCAACAAUCUCUGCGAGUCACAAAAUAGCAGACUGCAAAGUAAAUUAGGAGGAAGUCAUCCACAAAUAUGGAACUUUACAGGUGUUUAAAUUUCACAAAUAGUUUUAGUAAAUUACUUAAGUUAGUUAAUUAGGCAGAUGAAUUAAUAGAUUUUUUGCUUACUGAUCAGGGUGGCCAUUACAAUUUGCGAACAAAAUUCAAGGCUU